AUGGCAGGACGACAUGGCUUGCCGAUGCUCAAGAGGGUUAGGUUCUUCAUUGCCACUCACAAGCACUUCACCGACACCCUCAACCGGAAGUGCGACUUCAGCCAUGAACACGAAGCAGUUGCAGGUUCCAAUACAGCAUUGUCAGCAGCAUAUCCACCUGACUUGGCCGAUGCCAUCUGCCGGGCUUACUUGGAGAUCAACGAGGAAGAGGAUUUCGGCUUGAAGCACACUUGGGACACCUAUGAACCGCGAAGCUCCUACUUCGUGGACGUCGACCGCACAGAGGACAAGUGGAUGCCCCUGUUCGACCUUGUGCAGGAGCAGCUUGCGAGAAAGGUGCAAUCAAGCAUGUUUUUGGACCCUUCCACCGACCUGUUCAGGAAGAUUCAGGCCUUGACUCCCUGGCAGAUCGCCAAUGUUCAGCUGUCUCAUCUUCCGAAAGCCAAGCGGGUGAGACCAGGACUGGAGAAGUGCCACAGAGCUUCCGUGAUGAUGCUCAACGAUGGUUCCUUGACCAUUGAGACCGAGUACUUGCCGGACGCUCAAGCACCUCGUGAACGUUUUGUCACUCCAGUUCGUUGGGCCAUCUUCAUCCUCGGGUAUGCCCCGGGUGAGCCAAAAGAACCUUCACCAGCGGCACUAGCUCCUGAACAACAUCUACAUGAAGACCUUGUUGCGGUGGCCGAUCCCGUGCACACCGCUCUUCAAGAAGAAGGCUUGGUGCGGCAAGAUUUCGCUGGAGAAUGUUGGUUCGUGGGCCCUCCGCUGACCAGUGCUCAGAAGAAACUGGCCGUUUCAUUGGUCAGAAUGCAUCGCAACCUGGGCCAUCCAAGACAGCCUGAUUUCACAAGGGCAUUGGCUCAGCAAGAUCGACUAGAACCAGAGGUGUUGGCUUUGUCACGCCGUUUGAGGUGCGCUACAUGUGAGAGAACCAAGAGGCCUUUACCUCCGAGACCUUCCUCACUGAAGAGCACACCACCGUUCAACACCAAGCUCUCCAUGGACUUUGUCUACCUCCACGACGUGGAUGGCGAGAAGUUCAGCUACUUGCACGUGCUAGAUCCAGCUGGCGGCUUCAAUGUUUUCGCCUUGGCGCCGAACCGCGAGCCCGCCACCACUCUGGACACCUUCGCCAUGUCUUGGACAAAUUGGGCCGGUUUUCCAAAACAGAUCCGCCUCGACAGAGACGGCGCCUUUGAGGGCAUCUUCCAAGAGAAGCUGACCAACAUGGGCAUCGAGCUGGACUACAUCCCCGCUGAGGCUCAUUGGCAGUCCGGAGAUGUCGAAGCCUUCAACCGGGCGUUUCGCAACGUUGGAAACCGUCUCAUUGAUGAGUUCCAGGUGAAGGGCGAGCAAGACAUGCGCCUUUUGGGCGCGCAAGUGGCAGCCUCACUCAAUGACAGAGUCCGCAUGAGCGGAGCAUCCGCAAACGAAUGGGUCUUUGGACGGAACCCUUCCUUCCCUGCGGACCUCCUUGACUUUGACGGCAAGGCAGAAGCUUUGAUGGGCAUGGACCGGGACUCCCAACUACGCUGGAGGCAAUCAGUGCGAUCUCGCGCUGAUACCCUGAUCUCCGAGUACCGGACCAACGAAGCCUUGCAGAAAGCAGUCCUGAGACAGAGUCGACCCCCUCGCCAACGUUAUGAACCCGGCACGAUCAUCGGGCCUCAGAAAGGCUCAGAAGAGGGCAAACAGUCCAACUACUGGGUCACCUCCAAUGGCAGAUGCAUCCUGGUCUCUCUCGAGCAACUUCGACCAGCCUAUGGGACAGAACUCUGGCCGAUAGCCGAAGACGAUUUGCAAUGGUUGGAGGACAACAUGCCCGACGGCUACUAUGACGAGAGAGGAGAUGCACCCAUGCUGGACGAUGACCAGGAGGUCAACCAUGAAGCCAUACAGGUUCCUUUUUACGAGCCUGCUGGCCCCGAGGAGAAGCCAGAAGAGACACUACCACCUCCUCAACCUCCUGAAGUUCCAGCUGGACACCAACAAGUACCAGAUCAGCCGGCAGCUUCGUCAGCACCUUCAGAUGCGACUCAACCGCAUCAGAGCUCGCACUUGCAUUCACGUGCUCCAGGCACACCCAUCUCAGGCUUGUUCAAAGCCCACCACGAACGACAACAAGCACAAGAGCCUGAGGCCAAGCGGAUGCGAGCAGAUGAGGGGCUUCAUCAGCCUCGACCUCACGAGAUUCCGGUGCCAGACGAUGAAGACUUUGACAUGGGCCUUGAACCACCUCCUCGCCCACUCCACGAGACCGAUAGUGUGCCGGAUGAGCAGGUGAGUUCAGUGCUAGCGGCAGCUCUUGCAGAAGACAAAUGGCAUGUCUCCAAUGACCGAGUGUGGUUGGUGAGAAGUCACAACAAGCCGAGACGGCGCCUCUUUUCCCCUUAUGAGGCCAUGGCUUCACCGGUAAACCCACACCGCUUGGGACAAGCUCGACAGACCAAGCUGAAGUUUGUCAACACCACCUUCACCUAUGACCCCGACUCCGUGAAGGACCAGAUCGUCGAGGACACUUGGGAGAAGGACAAGAUGCAACCGGAUAAGGGUCGUGCUUGGGUUGGCAAGACGCGCUUCCGCAUCGCUUGCACCACGCGGAAGGAGCUCAAGCAACUUGAGAAGGAGAUCCCAUGGCACCUCAUCCCAGACGAGGAGCGCGAGGGAUACCGUGAAGCUUUGGUCAAAGAGUGGAGUGUUUGGCUCCGCUAUGGCGCGGUUGUGGUCUUGGACCUCGAGGCCUCCCGCUACGUCGAGGACCAUGUUGAUGCUGCACGGAUCCUCAACACCAGGGUCUGCUACAGAAACAAGAAUGCAGCAUAUCCCUGGCUCCCUGUGAAGCACAAAGCUCGUUUGGUUUGCCGUGGUGACCAGGACCCUGACUUGACCACACUCCGGAGAGACGCUCCGACCAUGAGCAGGGCUGGAAUGUUUUGUUUGCUUCAAUUGGCAGCUUCACAUCCGGGCUGGUUCCUGUUCAACUCCGACAUCACCGGAGCUUUCCUUCAAGGAGAUCAGAGCUUGGCAGCCAGGAAAGAACCUUUGUUCCUGAAGCAGCCUCGUGAGGGCUUGCCUGGCAUGCACCCAAAGCAGCUGAUGAUGGUGGUCCGCGGCAUCUUUGGUUUGGCAAACUCGCCAAGACUUUUCUGGCGACACCUGAGGGACACCUUGAUCAAGAUCGGUUUCCGACAGAGCACACUCGAUCGGGCCAUGUUUUUCUACUACAAGGAUGAGCGCCUCAUUUUGGCCCUUGGUGCACACGUCGACGACCUCCUUGGCACAGGUGAGCCCGGCACCGCUGAUCAGGUGUUGGAUCAGAUCAAGCAAGCAUUCGACUUUGGAGCAUGGGCUGAUGACCGGACUGAUGAUGUCCUUGAGUACGGUGGCAAGCAGAUCCGCCGCAAGUCCGAUGGCACGAUCCAUCAUGAGUCAGGACAAGUUCAUCAGGGCUACAUCAGUCAGCCGACCGUCGAAAGCUUGCUGCAGUUGAACAAGCUUCUCAAAGAGGCCAAGCAGUCCGAAGAUUGGGCCUUGCAGUUCCGCCCCAUAGACCUGGAGAAGUCCAUGGUGGUUGUUUUUUCGGACGCCAGCUUUGCCAACACAGAGGGCCUUCGGUCGCAAGCCGGAUACCUCGUGUUCGUGGCGGAAGACACGGCUUUGACAGCCGAUGGUGGUCGCGCUUCCUUGAUGGAUUGGCGAUCUCACAAGAUCAAACGCCAAUGCCGUUCCACGUUGGCCGCUGAGACAAUGAGCCUCGAUGCAGCUGUGGACUCCGGCCUUUACAUCCGGGAGAUCCUUGCUGAAGCUUUGAUUCAGGACUAUGUUCCUUGCCAGUCAGGUCGCCUGCCAGCUUCCUUCAUUCCGAUGGCGGCCGCAACGGAUUGCAGAAGUCUGUACGACCUGUUGGUCAAAGACAGCGCUUUGUCCACCACCCAGGAGAAGAGACUGGCAAUAGACAUAGGUGGUCUCAAAGAGACAGCCGCUGAAUUUGAUGAGCAGCAGGAACAGUUGGCCGAUGUUUACAAGUGGGUGGAUACUCACCACCAAAUGGCCGACCAUUUGACCAAGCAGAAAGCACCUGCUUUGCUCCGAGAGCUUUUGGAUGAGGGUCGGAUUGCACUCAGAGCGAUCGAAGAACCAGCUUCUCACGAGUUUUUUACAUAA